AUGAGCACUGGAUAUGUCAGUGACUUUGCACGACAAAGCGUUCUCCGAGGGCAUGGAAUGUACCAUUUUUUGGUCAGAAUCUUGACAGUAAUGUCUAUGUUAGAUUCUCCGGUCGAAAUACGGGAAAACUCCAUCAAAUUCUUUAUGGAAACGGAGUUUUGCGAAUUCUCCCCGGAACUGGAAGAUCAUUUCGAGAUCUUCGAGCAUAUUCGAGGGUUCAAUGUGACUAUUGUCACUUCGGCCAAUACAAAAGAUGAGUAGACUUUACUACUGUGGAGCGGCUUUUUGCUAAAAGAUGACUGA